GUGAGAGCAAUCACUAGCGAAUUUCAUCAACGCCGUGGUACCUUUUACAAGCUAGGAGGGAGCACACCCAGUAGCCUAUUACAGUCAUCGCAACGAGGAAAUAUUGAUAUUGUUACCUAGAUUUAUAAACGAGAAGUAUAUAUUUUUAUCGCGUUCUCUCACAUUUUCUAAUGCCCUUUUCUAUUAUUUCUUCGGAGAAACAUCCUUGGACACCGAUCAAUUUCAUCCAUACCUGGACUUACAAUGAACAUGUUUUUUAAAAUAUAAGUCCAUUAUCUGGGGAUCAAGGAUCUGACGUUGGAAAUUCAACUACAGCAACCGAAAAAUGGUGACGAUGGAGCAUCUUAUCACUGGCCUAUGGAAUAACCAGCGACACGCAGUGUGAAUUUAGCGUUUGUCAGAUGGUUCCAGAGGAAGAAGCGUUACCUUAAAGUGGGAUCACACACCAGAGGAGCAGUCCUCACCCAGGUGGACGGACAGACCUCGGGGGUGUUCUCUUCCUUCUCUCAUCCAAAGGCUGUUUGCUAAUUACUCUGAACUCUCCCUGCGUCUUAUCCUCCUUUCUUCUUCUUUUUUUCUCAUCAUCCGGAUUUUUUGUACCUUAAUUUGCACUGAUUUUUUUUUCCUCUCUCCCCUUUCUUCCCUCGUUUUGUUUCAAGCGAGACCAAAACCAGUGCCAAAUAGACUGUUCCAAGAACAAAGCAAAAAAAAAAACUAAAAACAAAACAAGAUUUUCAAAUAAAAUCACAAACUCACACUUUUCACAUCCCCCCUCGCCCUCAGGUGUCUGCAGAGCUAGAUUCAUCUAGAGGUCACAGUGUGUUCCUGUUAGAUAUUAAAGCCCUUCCAGUUUUUCUUUCUCCCUUAACACAUACAGACAACGCUCCAUUCAUCAGUGUUCUAUCCAGUAGCUGCUGCUAAGGCUUUCACAAACAGAGAGGACCGCUUUUAAUUCAAAGUAAUUUUUAAAAGGAGCAGGUCCGAGAGAGGGCUGGUGCUUGCGUAGCGCGGUGCCGAGCGCCGGGAGGAGACUGGUGAGCAGCGAUAACUCCUGAACGUGCCCCGCGGCAAAACACCGUGCACACGGCUCCUCCGUUGACUGGUCCGCUUGAUGGAUGAGCAACACAAUUCACGUAGAAGGAGAUAGAUAGAUCUGCUGCUACGAACGUUUCUUCAUCUCCCUCCCUUUUGUUUUCCUCUCUUCCUCUACCUCUCUUUCUCUCUCCCUGAGGAAUCUGUGUAGCAUCCCUUCCCUGUGUAUAGUGCAUGCGAUCAUGCUACAGUGAACAUUCGGAAAAGCCUCUUUUUCCAUUUAAUUUACAGUGAAAGUAUUGUUGCAAAUGAUAGUCAACUGUUUUGCUCUUCCUUUUGACCCCUCUCAGUACACGGAACAUUAACCCUACAUAUGGCCAUGCAGUUUAUCUGUGGAAGAGACCGCUCAUGAAAACACACAUUUAUAAGCCAUAGUAACACACCAGCCAUAUUAAAACCAAACACAUAAAAAUGUAUAAAAUCCCAUCAGUGAAGUAAAGUGUAGACUCACGCAUAUGCAUUUAACAACUUCUAAAUGUUUUUUUUGUAAACUAAUGUUUUUUUUAAUGUAAUUACAAUAUUACAGUGAUAUUAUAAAAUACUAUAUUGUUUCAUUUAUAUAAAUUGAGAUUAUCGAAUAGAUUACAUUCACACUCUAUUCUGCUUGCGAAGUGAUAGUUUUAGUGUUCACAUCAUUCAACCUUAUCUUCUGUAUUGGCGAAUGAAUCCAGACAUUUUCAUGUCUGUUCUCUGGGCGGAACCGCCCUGUCCUGCUAGAACUGGGCCCAAGCCCACUUUUGUCCUGUUCUGUUGGGCCAAACUAAACUCAGAACAAAGACACUCGCGCAAAGGCUGCAGACACACAUAGAGCCCUUUCUGUCUCCCCUUCUCCUGUCCUCCUUCCAUCCCCAAGCCAGCCUCUCUCCCCUUUUCUCAAUCUGUGUUUUUAACCAUCUCCGACUGCCUUGAGCCAUUUCACUCACCACUUGUUUGAAAUCAGUUUUUAUUUUUGAUAGCUCAGUUAGACAUGACCUGUGUUGUCUUUCAUGUCUCAAACAUAAAUGCUGCUUGGUACAGUAACCAGUACCCUCAUAGUCCUGACCAGACCUGGUGACGAGUCUUGUCCUAUAGACACCUCCCAUAUAUUACUCUAAUCAUCCUAUUACAUUCACUUCUUAGGAUUUCCUAUUUCUCCAACGACAACUCGCUCUACUGAUCUGUGAUAGUUUGUUUGUGAGUGAACAGUAGCGGGAUAAAGUAACCCUAGCGUGCUACUAGUAACAUAUAUUGACAUAACUAGUGCCAAUCUUGUGUCAGCACUACUCCCUAAUUAGUUUACAACCUGAAGAAGGGAGACGGUAUCAAAUGCUGCCAAGACAAGUGUUUAUAACUCAGAUAAAGCUCUAAGAAUUAAAUCUUACAAUUUAAAUAGUUUUCCCUUUAGUUUUCCAAAAAUACGUUUACAGGUCAAAACUUAGAAAGGUUAUGACUAAAGUGCCAAUUUAAAGUCUCAAUACUUGUAUCUAAAGGUAACAUUUUAAACACAGAAACAAAGUUUACAUGCAACAGUAAGUGUUUACAGGAUACAUUGAAUUAACCCCAUUUCAGUCACCCCCCUCCCCCUUCCCCUUAAAAAAACCUGAAACAUUUCCUUCACCUUUCUCGGUCAUUGAAAGGUGUUAAAGUUUACACUUUCUCAUUUGUUUACAAGACGACAAUACUGCCUUGUACUUCGAAAAGAAAGCCAAUACUUGCCGUGAUAGAUUUCAGGUCAGCAGAGAGAAAACAAGCAUUACUGUUCCAUACAGGUACUAUCAUUCCAUAAAUAUGACUUUGUCAAUGUGUGUUUACAAUACAGAGCCACACAUAUCCCAUUUACAUCACUGUUAAACCCUUAUCAUUCCAUUCUUGAAGAGUUUCUUAAGAUGCUUCUCAAGUAGUGCUUUUAUCAGAGUAACCAUAACCCAGGCUGUCAAUCUGAGCACCUACAAUUUUUAGUCAUAAAAACAAAUAUAUGAACCUCAGUGUUUACAUAAGCUGCUUGUAAGGAUGGAUUUUUACUGAACGCUUGAGAGAUAUGUUUACAUUAUAAAACCUUAUAGUGAAAUGCCAAACACACACAGUGCUUGUAUGAACUCAACCAACUGAACUGCAAGUAGAAACAUUCAAACUUGUAUAUGUAUGGUCAAAGAAUACUCCUUUGAGGUUGAAGUUGCUUUUUAGAAGUUGUACCAUUGACAAGAGAAGCUUUUUUUUUAAUAUUGAUACACUUACAGAAGUGGUAUUUAAAGAAGAAAAAAACACAGUGCAUCUUGGUAUCAAGACAUUUCGCCAAGAUCUUCAAAGAUAUCGUGACAGACACGGUUGUAUUUAUUUUAGUUUUAUAUCGGCCCAGACUCUUCGAAAAUGAGGCCCUCAUUCUACAUCAAGAUGUUUUGCACCUCUAUCAUACUUCUCCUUUCUGGCCUUUCCGUCUCCGGUGCAACCAUCACCACUGAACGACGUGCUGCCGACAAGGAUUCUGCCAGUACAUCCCUCUUCCUCCUCACUGGUUUCCGAGGCAAACCAUUACCACCUCCCCCAGCAGGGCCGAAAACGGCACCCAAGGAGGCCGAGGUUGAGGACGAAGGAAUGCAGAAGGGGGAGGAGUUACCCCCUAAGCCCCUCCCCCAAGUCAUGCUCCCCCAGAACAUGACGGCCGACGAUGCCCUGAAGCCGCCGUGGGGCGCUGCUCAGGUGGCUCCGCCCCCACGGCGUCUGGUGGAUGUGGAUGUGUGCCGGGGCUACUACGACGUGAUGGGCCAGUUCGACAACACGUUCACCUGUGCCAAAGACACGUACAUCUACUGCUGUGGGACCUGCCACUACCGCUUCUGCUGUGAGCACCAACGGAGCCGUCUGGACCAGGAGUCCUGCAACAACUAUAUAUCCCCAGUCUGGGCCAACACCCAGAUGCCGGCCUCGGUGUUACCUGGGAACCGGCCCGACCCGUAUCUGAAGACCCUGCAGGAGCAAAGCAACAGCACAGCUUACGUGAUUGGAGGGGUGAUCUCCUUCACCCUGUUGCUGGCGGUGGGGAUCAGGGUGGCCUUCUCCAAGGUGUCACGUAGGCCCCGAAAUAGGGACAUCAACAUGCCCAGAGCCCUGGUGGAUAUUCUACGACACCAGUCCAGCCCGGUCCAGCCUGGAGAGAGGAACAACAGCAAUGUUCUGACCACCUCCACCUCAGAUGCGACACUGGGCCGCCCUCCUAAGAACCUGUACACCCCCGUCAUCCCAACCAAGGACAACCGCAUUGGCAACUUGCACCAAAAUUUUAUCCAGGUGUCUGGUACCAGCCCAAAACAUACGGCUACUAUCGAACGUGUGCCCCGCAUGAACAACAACCAGCUGGCUUCCAGUGGAGGGGCAACUCUCAUCUCCAGCAAGCUGAAGAACAGCAUCAGCUCUGGGCCCGGCGCCGUCCCCGGCCCCGGCCUGUACUCCCACCCCCACCCCUCCUUCUCCCACUCCUUCCACAACCUGGCCCAGCUGCCGCCCUCCUACGACACAGUCAUGAAACCUGAGAUCAACCGCUACAGCUCUCUGAAGAGGCUUGAAAAAGAUCUAGAUGACUACUCGGGCUACUACACUUCCAAACGGAGACCCAACAAUGCCCCUCCUUCCUUUCACUCUUCCCAGCACCACCUCCACUGGGGGGGAGACUACACCCUGGGAGCCCGCGGGACACUCCCUCACCACAGCUCUCGUCCCAGGAUCCACAUCCCCAUUUCCACCCCCAACCCCUACCCCCUCCCUGCCCAGUCUCAGCCCCAGUACAGCGCCACCUUUGACAGGCCACCUCGUCGGGUCAUGUCCCAGGACCAGCUCCUGGCCCUGGGGGAGGGUAACACUCUCUCCAGGCUGUCUAAGAACCAGCAGCAUCAGUAUUACAAAGCCAUGACCACCAGCAAGACCUCCCAAACACUGCGCAAGUCCCAGGAACGCUUGCUGGUCUCCCCAGACCGCCUGGAGGAGAGGAUGCUCGGUAUGGGCGACUUUGCGGGCAUGAUGCCCACCCUGCCACGUCUCACGCACCACCAGAAGGCCCAGUCAACGCAAAACGUGUGCGCCACGCCCUCCCUGGAUCGUCACCACAUGAUCAAGAUGAACUCUCACCCCACAUCAGGACAUGAGCACGAGAGGCACACGACAACAAUGAUGAGCGGGCCAGGGGGGGGAGGCUGGGGGGAUCCCCACGGACAUGGGCCGGGUAUGGGGAGCAGCGGAGCGGGGACAACCGGGGGCCACAAUGCCCGGAGGAUGGCCUUCGCUAGCAAGAGGCAGAACACCAUCGAACAGCUGCACUUCAUCCCAGGGGGAGGAGGAGGGGGAGGAGGGGGGCAGGGACUGAGGACGGCGAGUAAGAAUGAGGUGACCGUGUGAACUCGAGGGCGACAGGGAGAAAGAGAGAAAUGGAGAAGGAGAAAUGGAGACGAGGAAUGCCCAAGCGGAAGACAAGAAGUCGGAAGAUGUGUCUAACUCAACAGGAUGCGGAAAACGAGUACAAGAGGCCUCGACGGGACAGAAAUGGUCAAACUGGUGAAAGUCACAAAGAAGAAGGUUCAUCCCAACCAUCAGCCUCAGAUGAGUCCAUGGAAAUGUUAAACAAAAGAGAAGACAGGCUCAGAGGAGACCUGACCACUGUUAGAAGUGCUUUGAAGGAAAGCAACCGCAAAGACAGUGACAUUGUUUAAAGAAAUGAUUCAACCCCAGUGUUUCUAUUGGUGUUAUUGUACGGUUUGGAAAUUAGAGUUUUCAACCACAUUAUUAAGGAAGAGAAAGAUGAGGCCGUGUAAAGUGCCAAAAUAUAAACAAACUUUUUUUUUCUCCCUUGUGAGUGCAUUUGAAAUAUGACCAUGGGUUAUCCUUAGUAUAUACUGUAAGGAUUUUUAUUGGUGGAUCCAGAUGGGUCAUAUUUGUAAUGUUGAUAGUGUUUACAGCGGCAUUUUGUGAAGGGCCUAGUGUUCUCACAUAGAAAAUACUGUACAAAUGUCCUACCAGAUAAUAGGAUUGAUAUGUACUUUAAAGAAGAUAGGGUUAUUUUGUACUUUUGUACAAAAAACAUUUAUAGACUGAACAAUAUUGCAUAUUAUUGCUUUUUAAAUGAAUUAAUCUGUUGAUAUGAGCCCUCUCAGACAGUACAAUAUACAGUAUGUCUUCACAAAACACAGAACCCCUGUCCAAAUAACUCAUCUAUGGACAAUAUAUAAAAAAAGUAGUUCUGAGCAGGGUUAUCCUAAUCUCACAUUCACCACUAUAUAUUCCAUUUGAGACCCUGUUUGGUUGGUUAACCACUGGUUAUGUGGCUGAAUUGACUCCCUGGGUAGAUUUGACCUAUCACUUUGAUGCAUCACCUUUAUACCCUCUCCUAAUUGACUAACGGCCAUGGCGUGUGUCCAUCCCACCGAGGAGUUGCUUGUUAGGACCACUAGUGUAUGGUGCAUGUCUCAUGACUGAUGACCAUUCAGUCAUAACACCACUGAGAUCAAUACUGUCCUGUUGACAGUGGCCACACAGAAAGCCUUCAUUUGACACACAAUCAGUAGGUUUCAAGGGGCCCAGCUGUCUGUGUGUGACAAUGGACCACAAGAUAGGAACAGCACGGAGAGUUUUUACUGAUGUCAAUCAGUUGACUUUGUUCUAGGUCAAUUGAAGGGCUUUUUGCUGCCCCAAAAUCUUGCCCUGAAACCAGAAAAAGCUCUUGGGACUUGAGUAAACACAUUUGUUGUCUCUGAAAGCCCCAUAACAUAGUAUGAAAUCAAAAGCACUCCAGCAGCAGAUCACAUUUUAUUGGAAAGGGAAAUGGAGAGAGGGGAGUAUUGAUGGGGGUGGGGGGUACUGGACACUUCACACCAAGGGCUAUUCUAGAAUUUCUUUGUGUGUCUGUGGUGUGUGUUAAAUGUCAGAUUCUCAUUUCUUCGAUGUCAAUAUUUGGACACAGUUGAAAAUAUCACUGCUGACACAUUUUUUAUAAGUGUGAGAAGAAAAAAAACGAAGAGGAAAUUCUGCUCAAAUGAUUUGUGCUCGUGUGAGAUUAAAAAGUCAGUGUGACAAAUAAGCCAUUCUAUUAUUUAUUUUUUACAUCAGAUAGGAGUGGUCAACAUGAUGUCAUAUUUUGUAAAUCGAAGUGUUCUCUUUCCUUUGUUGGUACCUGGUUCUAAGAUUAACUAAGCUGUUUUUGGAAGGGCCGGAUUCUUCGCUCAAAGUUUUAAUUGAGGGGGGAAGGAUAAGUACAUUGUUUACUUAAUUUUUUGUACGUUAGAUGCAUUCUUCAUUCCCCCUAAAUUGUGACUUGGGAACAAGGACGAACUUUGAAAACAGCUGCAGCUUUAAGUCAGGCAAUGGUUGUUAUCACUAUGAUAUGUGUUUGUGUCCUUUGUGGUCAUGAUUAUGAUUGAUAUAAGAUUAUUAUUGAUUAUUAUCAUUAAGAUUAUCAUGAUUAUUUGUUUCCUUUUUUAUUUUCUCUGUGACUUAAUGUAUCCUGGAUUUUGAAUAUUUCAACUUUCUAGUGGAUUUUAAACCUUUGUAUUCUUGACGAAAAAAAGCAGAUGCAAUCAAAAGUGAAAAGACAAACCGCAUGAAGAUGUCAAAGCCAGUGUUGAUGAUGUCAUAGUGCUGACUUAUGAUGUCAUAGCGUGUAUGUGUAAUGUACAUGCGUCUGUAUUUCUGUGCCCGUGUGUAUUUAUAUGUCUUUCAGGAAUGCUGAAUCUCAUAUUAGAUCAAACUUGGGAUUUUACAAGGACCAUAAUGUGUUUUUUUCAGGGAAUUCACACAAACUACUUGAAACCCAAGAUAUGAUCAUUAUUGUUUAUAUUGGCUUUUUUUUAUUAAAAAACUUGAUAUAUCAAAGGACAUUAAUCAAUCACAGCUUUUCUUGUUGAGCGACAUUCACCAAAGCAAUUUCGAAACACACACAUAAAAAAACUUGUUAAUCAAAGGCUUGUCCUAAAAAAUAACAUUGUUUAAAUGAGUGCAUUCAUAAGAUUAUAAUAAUGUGACCAGAAUGCCACUCUUUUAUAUAGCUACAUAUUUUAUGGUGGGGGAUUAUAGCAGGAAAGAAUGGAGAAUGUAUUGUGACUUGCCUUGUUUGACAUGGGAGAUCAAUCAUCGGACUAGAGUGGGCCAAUGAUUUUUAGAGAGAAAAUAGUAUUAUCCAUGCUUGCUUAAAAACAGAAAGAGGCAAAAAAAUUACACGCCAUACAAAGAUUCAGUUCUAUUUUUCAUGUUUGUUUUUUCUUGUAUUUCUAGAGGUAUGCAGAUGUUGUGUCCAUGUUCUGUUGAGUACACCCAGACAGAGCUCUGUGCCUGUUAAGGUUCUGUUUAUGCAUAUCUCUGUGUGUGUGUGUUUGUUUGUAUGUGUGUGAUAGCAGAAAGUGUGGGUGUUGAAAUGGGUGGAGCAUAAAAUGGCUGUGUGGUUUCUUGGCACGUGGGUUGACAUGUUGUGGCAUGAGUUGUUCCUGAUGAGAUGGUAUGUGUGUGUGUGUGUGUGUGUGUGUGGAUCAACCUCACUGAUCCAUGUGUUUUUGGAGGCUGGGGAAGUGGAAAUGUAUGUUUGUAUUUUCCCAGUUACUUGCCAUACCUCAAGAAAAUUGUAUAAUAAUGAAACUAAUUUAAUAUAUAACACGGUACCCCUUCCUCCCUAUGUCUUGUUUUCCAAGAAAUUAAGAUCUCACAAGCGUGCAACCCUUAUUUUGAUUGUUGAUGAUCAAUUUUCGCGUUUGUAGAAUCAUAAUGUUCAAAUUAUAAUAACAAUAAAAUAAA